AUGCCGCAUUUCCAUGCUACCAAGCACAGCUCAUUGAAAUACUCGUCCCAGAACAAAUCUGAUUCCGCAGACACCACCGAGUCGAACUUUGGCACUUCCGUCUCUGGCGACGGAGUGCUGAGAUCGGAGUCCUUCUCAGGCUCCCAAAACGCUUCCAAGCCAAAUAAUUUAGAGCUAUCUCCUGCUUUUGAUACCUCCAAAUCAAUGAGGUCUUCAAACUCAGAUACGCAAUUUGAUCUGUACAGAAAUAACCCAUUGGACACAACCUCACAGUCCCCCCACGUUCGGUGGCAGCCGCAGACGUCGUCCGUGUCAAGGGUUCCGAGCCUGGGCGAUGCGGCUGGGAUCUCAAUGCCUCAGGUCUCAAACACUCAAGUUUUGAGCGGACUGGACUCUUCUAACCAGUAUGCAGGAUACGCCUGGGCUUCUGCCACUAACUCUUCCUCUGCCACGAAUAAUUACAAUACCGCCGCGGCCAGCAGAGAUUUAUGGUCCAGCACCGCAGCUACAGCGUCUGCGGGCAAACUGACGGCUAAUACCAGUGCCUCUUCAUCCCACUUGCCUAAGAUGCAAGGCAAUUACUAUUCAGGUUCAGACUCUCUCUUCAAUCCAUUGUACGACACCUCGAAUGGAAACAUACCCCUUGCUGCAUCGACAUCAAUGGCUAACUCAGAUAUGGAUGCAUUGGCGAUGCAGCUGAUGCAAUUGAACCUUCCAAACCCAUCGUCUAGUCUUCAGUCUCUACAAACUCACAAAGGACCUGCGUAUUCUUCCAGCAACGACUUCUAUAUGUCUUGGCCCACGUACUCUAAUCAAUCGGCCAACUCUGCGUCUAAAGCGCCUGCGGGCAAUCAGUCCUCUGGAUACAUGAAUAUGCAAUCGCAAAUACAAUUAGACCAGAGAGGCUCUCAGAUACAAAAGCCAGGUACUCCAGAGUCUGUUGCAGAGAUCGAGGAUCACAAGAUCCAGCUCGAGCUUAAAGAUUCCAUGAUCAAGAAGCUGGAAGAGGAGGUUGCGAGAUUGAAUACGAUCCUGAGAGUCUCUGAUAGUGAUGAUAAUAAGCGAACAUUCGAAAUUCCAAAGAAUCACGAACAGUUAUACACCAAGCUCACAGAGAAGCUCCAAGCUGCGCAAGAGGAGCUGGAAGAGACGAAGCUUAGACUGGAAGUCAUUUUGACUGCUGUUGCAUUGAACCCGAACCAAUCCGUCACGAAAACAGGGAGGUACGAUGAGGAGGAGAUCGCACACAAGGUCAUCACUAAGAUGCAGAUGCUGACCGAGGAGAACGAGGAAAUGGCCAAGAUGCUAAGCUACGGCAAGUCAAAGGAAAAGGAUAUUGAGAUUGGACUUUUGAGGAAACAGAACGUAGAGCUGAAGAGCAAGGUUGCCAAGUUAGAAGUCAAAUUGAAGGAGCUCAAAAAAUAA